AUGAGACCAACGUUGAGGAAGGUGGUCUUGAUUGCGCUGUUGGACCGGGACCAUCCCCGCCGAAAGCGCAGGUCUGUGUGGGUGCAGGGAUGGUUGAAGUUCUGAAAGCAUGCAUGGGAGUUCCACCGUGUCAUUCAAAAUCUUUGACUGUUUGGAGAGGAAUUCCGAGGCUACUUUCGUCUGGACUGAAGCCAGUUCGAUCACAUGCUCCAGAUGGUUGGAGCCAGGAUCGCCAGGAUGGAUACCAACUACUGGGAGUCUAUCAGCCCAGUUGAAUGCCUGGCAAUUUGUCUCCGGUAAGCAAAAUUCAAGUGCAUUUUUAAAGCCUUUGAUACCAUAAUUGAUUGAUAUUAGAUAUAUUUUAUGUAAAACCGAGCUAGCUAACGGGCUCUCUAGUAAAUAGACCCUAUGUGACAUCAGAUGUACUUUUACAGAAUGUUCAUUAGGCCUAUUACUUUUCCCAAAGUUGGUUUAAAAUAGGUUUUAGAUCAUGUACACUCUUAGAAAAAAUGGUUCCAAAAGGGUUCUUCGGCUCUCCCCAUAGGAUAACCCUUUUUGGUUCCAGGUAGAACUAUUUUGGGUUCAAUGUAGAACCCUUUGGGGAAAAAGUUCUACAUGGAAGCCAAUAGGGUUCUAAUUGGAACCGAAAACUGUUAUUCAAAGGGUUCUCCUAUGGGGACAGCCGGAGAACACUUUUAGGUUCUAGAUAGCACCUUUUUUUCUCAGAGUGUAGAGUUGGCCUGGGCUACAGUUGAUUGGUACAGUCAUAGACUGAAUUGUACGGUUACAAGGCAUUGUUAAUGAUGGUUGAUGAGUAUUGCAAUAUAAUUAGUAGAGCAUAAUAAACAAUAGUGAGGUAGCUAUAUGAGUAGAUAGAAUAUGUGGGUGGAAUUCAAGUUACACAAUAUUGAUACUUAUUUUGAAUUAUAUUUCAGAUUCCUGACGACAGGGGACUCCAACAGGAACAUCGGAUUCAGCUUCCGAGUUGGACGGUCCACAGUGGCAGGCAUUGUCCCCUCUGUGGCACAAGCCAUUUGGGACUGCCUGGUCGGCGAAUACAUGCCUGUCCCCAAGGAGGAAGACUGGAGGGCCAUCGCUGCUGAGUUCCUGGAGAGGUUGGAUUUCCCCAACUGUCUUGGCUCCAUUGACGGGAAACAUGUAGUAAUCUAGGCUCCACCGAGCUCGGGUUCGCAAUUCUACAACUACAAGGGUACAUAUUCCGUUGUACUCUUGGCUGUUGUAGAUGCCAACUACUGUUUCCGUGUCAUCGAUGUUGGUGCUUACAGCAAGGGAAGUGAUGGCGGGACCCUCCGGGACUCUGCCUUUCACCAGGCACUUCAGGAUGGCACUCUGGAGAUUCCGGCAGUGACGAGGCCUUCCCUUUGA